AUGGAUAUUGAAGCGUACUUUGAAAGAAUUGGUUAUCAGAACUCUAGGAACAAACUGGACUUACAAACAUUAACUGAAAUCCUUCAGCACCAGAUACGGGCUAUUCCUUUUGAGAACUUGAACAUCCAUUGUGGGCAACCCAUCGAGCUGAGCUUAGAGGCUACUUUUCAUCACAUUGUGAGGAAGAAGCAGGGUGGGUGGUGUCUUCAAGUCAAUUAUCUUCUAUACUGGGCUCUGACCAUGUUAGGUUUUGAGGCCACAAUGUUAGGAGGAUGUGUUUAUAUCCCUAAAGGCUGCAAAUACAGUAACACUAUGGUUCACCUUCUACUACAGGUAACCAUCAGUGGCAAAAAAUAUAUUGUAGAUAGUGCAUUCCCAUUUUCCUGCCAGAUAUGGGAGCCUCUGGAAUUGAUAUCUGGGAAAGAUCAGCCUCAGGUGCCUGCCAUCUUCCACUUGACAGAAGAGAAUGGAACCUGGUACCUGGAACAAACUAAAAGACAAGAAUAUGUCCCAAACCAAGAAUUCGUUGAUUCUAAUUUUCUUGAGAAGAACAAACAUCGAAAAAUCUACUCUUUUACUCUUGAACCUCGAACGAUUGAAGAUUUCCAAAGUGUGAGUGCACACUACCAGGAAUCACCAACAUCUGUGAUGACAAACACAUCACUUUGCUCUCUGCAGACCCAAGAAGGGGUCCAUGGUUUAAUGGGCACCAUUCUUGCCCAUAAGAAGUUCAAUUAUAAGAACAAUGUAGAUCUGGUAGAGUUUAGGAUUCUGAAGGAAGCAGAAAUAGAGGAAGUCCUGAAGUGUGUUUUUGGUAUUCACUUGGAGACAAAGCUUAUGCCCAAAUGUAGUAAUGUUUUUUUUACUAUUUAG